UCAGUGCUUUCUUUCAGAGCAUAACUUUCUCAACUAUGGCUCGGACGAAGCAGACAGCCCGCAAGUCCACCGGCGGCAAGGCACCGCGGAAGCAGCUGGCCACCAAGGCAGCGCGCAAAAGCGCUCCAGCGACUGGCGGUGUGAAGAAGCCCCACCGCUACCGGCCAGGCACUGUGGCCUUGCGCGAGAUCCGCCGUUAUCAGAAGUCGACUGAGCUGCUCAUCCGCAAACUGCCAUUUCAGCGCCUGGUGCGAGAAAUCGCGCAGGAUUUCAAAACUGACCUUCGUUUCCAGAGCUCGGCGGUGAUGGCGCUGCAAGAGGCGUGCGAGGCCUAUCUGGUGGGGCUCUUUGAGGACACCAAUCUCUGUGCCAUUCACGCCAAGCGCGUCACUAUUAUGCCUAAGGACAUCCAGCUUGCGCGUCGUAUUCGUGGUGAGCGAGCAUAAUCCCCUGCUCUAGCUUGGGUUUCCUACUUGUUUCCAAAGGCUCUUUUCAGAGCCACUUACUUUCUCACGGAGGAUAGCUGUCACACCAUUGGUUGACUUAAAUCAACUUUAAAACAGGGGUAAAUUGGGGGAAACUCGUCAAGGCUUGUUCAUUCUGAUUCCUUCCUGUGUCCUUUGUCUUCUAAGAUGGUCCUUUUCUCUGGGCCCAUCUCACAAAAGGGUCUUACUUUAUCCGAGGAAAUCUGUACAUCCAAGGUCAAUCUGCUUCAAGGGGAAAGCCAAAAUCCUUGCACAUGCUGUCCUUUGGGGCCGAACAUUGGGGAUAGCAUGUCCUGAACCCCAUAACUAACAAUUAGAUUACAGGUUAUAUGAAAUGCCAUUCUUAACUGUGAAACGGGCACUGGCCUUGGAUCCCUGGAAACUCGCUGAAAAUCAUUGACGUGAGGCCGGUUGAUUAAUAGAAGGAAAGACAUACAAGUGUAUUUAGCACAUAGACGCGAGAGACUUCAAAAUGAAGACCCACCCACCAAUGAGAUACAGAAAUUUAUAUAUCACUUUGAGGUUAUAGAAAGAAUGCAAGCUUAGAUCCUGGCAAAACAGAUUAUAGGAGGGAGAAAGGAAGAGGCUUGGCUAGCAAGGGGUGGGGGGUCUUGUUAUGUAGCUGAAACCUCACAGGUAGCAGUCCUCAGAAAAAGAUGGUAAAUGUCUCUUGUCAGGCUGGGCGUGGCGGCUCAG